GUCCCCUCCUCCUGUAGGUGUCCAACUUGACUACAGCCACCUCUCGGCUCCAUUCUGCCCCUCCUCCUUCUCAGUCGGCAGCCACCAUGCCACCGCACGCAACCAAGGAUCCCGUCGCCGCGCCUGCAGCAGCCACGGCGGCGGCGCUGUCGCGGGCCCUGGCGGCGGCGCGCCCUUUCCUGCGCGGGGAGGAGGCGGAGGUGGACCCGGCGCUGCCUGGCCUCGCCGCCGUGCUGCGCGGCGCGGGCGCCGGCGAGUGCUGGCACAAGCACGGCACGUUCCUGGCGCACCUGCUGGACGUGCACCGGAUCCUCCGCCUGUGGGGCGCGCCCGACGCCGUGGCGCGCUGCGGCCUCUACCACUCCGCCUACUCCAACUCCUACGUCAACCUGGCCAUCUUCCAGCCUGACACCGGGCGCGCCCACGUCGCUGCCGUGGUCGGCGGACCCGCGGAGCGCCUUGUCCACCUCUUCUGCGUCGUCCCCAGGCAGCAGCUCGUCCACGACGACCUGCUCUUCCACUACUCCGACCAGGACCUCGCCGACGACCUAGCCAGCUCCGAGGAGUCGGUCCGGGACGCCCGGCGCGGCGUGUUCGACGACGCCCAGCCGUGGCGGCGCAAGAUCCAGCGCCUCCUCCCGGCGGACGGCAUCACGGUCAAGCACAUCAGGACAGGGGAGGAUGUGUCACUGUCCAGGCGCAUCGCAGCGACGUUCCUCCUGAUGACCAUAGCCGACUUCAGCGACCAGCUGUUCGACUGGCAGGACCGCCUCUUCGACAACAGCAACGGCCGCCUCGAGUUCAGCGGCAACACCUGGACCUCCCUCUGGCCCGGCACCGGCAAGCCUGGCCUCUGGGUCACCUCUAGCUCCCGCAUGGCCGCGCUCUACACCCUCAUCGUCCGCGAGGAGGAGAUACACAUCACGCAGCGAGCGCGAGAUACACAUGGCCGGGACGAGGACAUGGACCUGGUGAUCCCCCCGGUGUUCAACGGCUGCACCCGAUUGCUCAACGCCGAGGACCAGAAGGUGGCACGAGACCUCUACUGGGAGGCGGUAUGCGGCGAGGAGGCGUCGGACUGGCUCAAGGUGGAGCAGCUCCUCCAGCAGAGCAUUGCCAAGAACCCGUUUGUGGGGGAACCACACCUGGUGCUUGCCCAGGUGUACCUUAACAUGGAGAGGUACGGCGAGGCGCAGAUGCAGGCAGAGGAAGGUCUGAGGCUGUUGCUGGAGUGGGGCAGCAGCUGGGACAAGAGGAUGCCAUGGGAGGGCUGGGUGUCCUGGGGCAGGGCGAUGCUGACCAAGGCCACCGACAAGGAUUGGCCGCAUACCUCAUUCGGGAUCCUCAGCCUUGGGCUUGUCAAAUGAUACAUAUAUUCUCACCGUAUGCAUAUGUAUGUAUUUGUACGAAAUAAUAAACCCAAGGCCAGGGGGUCAAGCCAAACAAUAAUUUGAUGUACUUGGAAUUCAGAUGUGUUAUCAAACACAACUUGUCUGCCAGUCCUCUUCAGUCAUAGUUAAGUUCAUCUG